GCACAAACCAGUGGGUAGACACUUCUCAUACAAAAACUAGUCUCUAUAUGUAGCAAUUGAUAUACAACCUUAUCUCUUAAGCAAUAAAGUGCAUUUUGGAUUGAUUUCACUAUAGCAGGGGAACCCGCGGAUCAAUACCACCAUACUAAAAAUAAUUGUUAGUGUCCUUAAUGUUGGUAGUAUUGUUAGUUUGACAAAUGAAAAAAAAUGUCUGUCAAUUGAGUUUGAGUUUUUAACCGGCGAAUUGAUUCGUGUGAAGUUAUUUUCUCAGAUUUGGUGCAAUAUUACUGUAAAUAAACUUUUCUGUCGUUCACGUUGAGUUGAUUAAGUUCCUCCGUAUCGGGCGUGAUAAAGUUUGCUGUUCAGUGUUUUGUUUUUUGUGAGAUAGAGACUCUUUUAAAUAAGCUGUGUUUCAACUUCUACAGAAGUUUAAACUCUUAUUUACUUUUCUGUUUAAUGGGUAUGUUAUCUACUUACUUGAAAUAUUAGAUCUAUUACAAAUCUAUUUUUCAUUAAAAACAACCCUAUGUGAUGAAAAUGUAAAUGUACUUUCAAAACUGGUAAAUGCAUGAACCAGGGCAUUGACACUGGUUGGAGAGAAAUUAUAGGCUUUUUUUAAUUAAUACCUAUUUCAUUUUAGGCUUCUACUGAUAAUGGAGAGUAGAAACAACAAGAAGUGCGUUAUUUGUAAUAAGAGGCGAAGUCGUGGUGGAUCACCCUUACUUUUGAGUAGGUUUCCUCUGGAUUCUGACCGUUGUCGAAUGUGGGUUAAAAAUGCUGGCAUAGAAGACUUAGCAUAUGUACCUAUUGAAAAGUUACACCAACUUAAGUUUGUUUGUGGUGGGCACUUCACUCCUGAAUCCUUCAAUGCCAAAGGAACUCGGCUGAAGAACUCAGCUAUUCCAACACUGGAAUUGAGCAAUCCCAUCUUGCCAGAUGAAGUUUUGACAGAGUUUCCUCUUCAUGUAAAAGACUCCAAUAAAGAAAACCUCAAGACAGUUCUUUAUGAUCAUUCAUAUUGCAUUCCAAAGAAGUCAAAUCCAGUUGAACGAGUUCCCCUUACAACUACAACCAAACAACUAAAUUCAACAUGUUUGGGAGCUGUGGAUAUACCAGAUUCUGGUAUUUCUGCGAAAACAACUUUUGAACCUCUUCCUUCUACUUCCAAUGCACCAGAACAUAUGACCUAUAAACCAAUUACUCAUGAUGAUAAAAACAUUUGCCAUCAAGAUGCACAGGCAGAAAUAUUAGUCCACAGUUAUAAAAGACCUAAGAAAAACAUUGAAAUGAAAGACACUUCAUCAACAUUUACAAUUAAAGAGAAGAGGCUUUGGCGACAGUUACAAAAUGCAAAAAAAACAAUAAGGAAUAUAGCGAAGUCAAGAGUGAAUUUAGACAAGUUAGAUUCGGAAGUGCUGACAUCGUUAGUAAAGGAUGUAGUGCAGAAUAACAAAAAAAAGUCACAAGGAAAAAGGUGGACUUUAGCCAACAAAAUAUAUGCUUUGGCUAUAUUUAAACGGUCCCCUAAAGCAUACCGCUAUAUGCAAAAGCUGUUUACGCUACCAAGCACUAAAACGCUCCAAAGGAUUUUAAAAAAUAUACCAAUGGAGCCUGGUAUAAAUAAAAAUAUAAUUGAUAUGUUAGAGGCAAAAGCAUCAAGUAUGCCAAAGGAAAAUAAAUAUUGCUCGUUAAUAUUUGACGAGAUGGCGUUAAAGAAACGGAUAAUUUAUAACGAAAUUGCUGAUAAAGUGGAUGGCUACGUGGAUUAUGGAGAGGGCGAGAACAUGGGACGAGAAAAUAAAAUUGCAGACCAUGCGUUAGUGUUUAUGAUACAGGGUGCUAAACAUAAAUACAAACAAUAUAUUGCGCACUAUUUUGUGGAAGUAGGGUUGCCAGGUCCAAAAACACAAAAGCCGGACUCUGAGCUUCAUUUGGCCGGACAUUUUACCCUAAAAGCCGGACAUGUCACGGGGGAGGGGGGUUUAAUUAGUGUCAUAGCUCACGAGUGGUUAUUAUCAUCAUCGGUUGCCUAUCAUCCUGAUGCGUGCGCUUGAUAUUAUUCUGUGACUCGACUUUCGCCUGGCGCGGCAGCCACAUAUAAAGCCUAACAAAAGCCGGACAGGCCGGACAAGCCAAUAUUUGGCCGGACAAGACCUUAAAAAGCCAAACAUGUCCGGCUAAAGCCGGACGCCUGGCAACCCUAUGUGGAAGGCACAAUAUCAACAGCAAAACUGGCAAAAAUUAUAUCGGACAUCAUCAAAAAAUUAAAAGAAAUCGGAUUUGUGGUUCUAACAACAGUUUGUGAUCAGGGAUCUACAAAUAUAGGAGCUCUUAACAUGUUAAAAAGAAACUGUGGACAAGGCAUAGAUAGCAACUUUUUCGUAAAUAAUGACAAAAUUUUUAUAAUCUAUGACAUCCCUCACUUGUUCAAAUCAUUACGAAACAAUUUCUUUAAAAGUGGAAAUAUGUCUUUCGAUGGAAAAAUUGCACAAUGGAGGCAUUUGGUAGUUGCAGAAGAACACAACAGAAAUUUUUUAAAUUUUAAAAAACUGAAUAGUACCAUUGUAAAUCCAACAUUCAAAACUAAGAUGAGGGUGAAGUAUGCUGCGCAUGCUCUGAGUAAUACCGUGGCAGCUAUUUUUUUGAUUGUACAAAUGGUCCAUCAUCUUUAAAUGACGUAAAGAAAGGGAUCCGGGAAAAUGUUUCCACAUCAAGUAAUCACAUUGAGUCUUGGACCUUUUAUACUGAUAAGUUAAAAACCAUAAAAUUUAUAACAGCAGAAAACACGAUACUAAAAAAUGUUAAAUGCGUAAAGGGAUAUCAAAUAUCUAUCAAAUCCUUAAACGAUAUUUGGGAAAAGUUAAAGAAUGAAGGGUUUAAAUAUAUGAACCUUAGACAGUUUAACCAAGACUCUCUGGAAAACUUAUUUGGAAUCAUUAGGCAACACAGUGUAACCAAUAGAAAUCCCACUAUCACGCACUUUACUGCAGCGCUUAAAACAAGCAUGGUUACUGGGCUGAAAGUGCCUCAUAGCAGAAGUGCUAAUUGUGAAGCAGACAACAAUAAACAUAUGCUGGAAUAUAAAGACAUUUUAAAAACUAAUUUAAAAGCAACAGAAAUAAAAAUUAAUGUUCAAGAUUCCACAGACACUGAAUUUUAUCCUGUGUUGUCUAUCCCGGACCCUGAAAACUUAGAACAGCCCAUUGAAAAUUUGUGUAGCCUUGAAAACCAACCAGUAGUAUAUGUAAGCGGGUAUUUAGCUGCCAAACUAUUACAGAACAGUUCUUGUUUAAUUUGUGAAGAGUGUUUGAGCGUGAAAACUCCUGUUGACAAUGAUUUGUAUGCAUAUAUAUCUCUUCGCGAAUGGUGGCAUGAUAAAAAAAGUCUCGUUUAUCCAACAAUUCAAUUAUGUACCACCGUAAAUGAAGCUAAACAAUUUUAUCAUGACCAUAUUGCCGACCAGAUAUAUAUGGAAAAUGUUGGAAAAUUCAUUUUCUUAAUGUUGAGUACAAAUUGUAAUUUUAGUUGGUUUAAAUGUCAACAACAUAAUAAAGAAAUUUAUGAUAAGAUGUUUAAAAUAUUAAGUUACCUUUUUCUAAGAAAAAGUUGUAAAAUCAUUAAUGACAGCUUCAUAAAAAGUGAAAACAAUUUUGCUGACAAAAGUAAAAAAGCACAGCAACAAAGCAUUGAAAAGUAAUCUUGAGGCUGAGGUUCGAUCAGCUGAUAAGAAAAUUAAAGAUGUUUAUAGAUAAAAAUCCUAUUUUUUCUUAGAAAAAGUUGUGAAAAUAAAAGUUUACAAAAUUAUCAUUUCUGUACUUUGUUAUAAUAUUCAAUAAUUCCUCAUGCCUACAACUGCUAUGUCAUGUUCAA